AAGGUACUUCAUCUGGAAUUGCACACCUGCUUUUUGGCAGCAGCAAUGUAAAGGGAACGGAGACUUCUAAAGAAAGCCGUGAGAGAUUAAACAUGAAUGCCCAAUCGCCUGGUAUAAAUAACACCACCAUAGCUUUAUUUUCAAAUGUGACGAAUAUGGAAACGGAAUUUUCAAAUGCAACAUCCGCAUUAUAUAUAACAAAUGCAGAAUAUGCUGUCUUAGCUAUUUUCAUGUUCACCGUUUUCUUAGGAGGUGUCAUUUUCAAUGGAUUAUUCGUAUACGUGUUUCUCGUCCACAGGAAGUUGAAAACUAGACCUAACAUAUUACUGAUAGCUCUGUGUAUUUCAAGUUUCCUCAUAGCGGCAUUGGCUGUUCCUUUUGUUGGUGCAUCGGCGAUAUCACGAAAAUGGCUCUUUGGCCGUUUUGGAUGUGAAUUCCACGGAUUCAUCGUGACAGCACUGGGUUUAACUCAAAUCGCCAUUUUGACUGUUCUGUCUUUUGAAAAAUACAUAGUAAUUGUAAAAUGUCACUGGUCGCAUCUCGUCACACAGUCAGCUACUCUUCUCCUAUUAUUUGGAUGUUUUAUGUACGGAUUUCUUCUAGCAGCGUAUCCCUUGUUGGGAUGGAACAAAUACACUUUAGAAGGAGGAAAUAUAUCGUGUUCAAUAGACUGGACUUCUAGAAGUCCUAUUGACUUAUCGUAUAGUGUGUCCCUUCUCCUGAUAGGCCUGGUGUUUCCUUUAACAGUGAUGUCCUAUGUCUACAUCAGUAUUCUUGCUCUGAUUAAAAAACAAACCUUAAUAUCACAGAGAUAUAAAGGUUUCCAGCAUCAUCAUCGAGCUAGCAAGAGGGACGUGAAAGUAAUGAAGACAAUUUUGCUUCUUGUCACUGCAUUCCUUAUAUCAUGGAUACCAUAUUCCGUGUUCGCUGUCACAUCAAUCAUUGGAUACACAGAAGAUAUUCAUCCUUUAAUUGGAACUCUCCCUUCCCUUUUCGCAAAAUCUUCGAUUUUAUGGAAUCCGCUGAUAUAUGUGUGCAGGAACAGAUCUUUCAAACGAGCAUUAUUAGACACAUUUCCGACAUUCUCACUGUUCUACAGAUGUACCGAUCGAUGUCGGAGACGGGGGUCGUCGGGGGAAAUUGCCAACGAAUUGACAAAGAUGGUUGACUUACAGGCACCUAUGUCUCGCUCAUCCCAAAAAUCCGAUACAAAUUGUGAUGAAAAUUCGGGUUCUUGUGUACGUGAAACAGGUCUAGAUAGAAAUGAACUUGUAACUGAAACUUUAUGAAAGUGAAAUAUAUUUUGAAAUUAUUUUCUGUCAUCAUCGAAGGCGUUACAUUGUGCAUUUACCAUAGCUGUGAUGUUACUGGCAGGUAAAAGUGUUGUUAUUGUACGAAUUUGUUUAUCACUGGAUGAUGGUAAAUUGUGAUAAAAUGGACAAAAUAAAAUGGACCCAGCGAAGUUUAUACAUUAUUUUGAAAAUUACUUGUCACAGAAUAAAUAUUUUUAAGAACAGAAGUGACAUAUUCAUGUUGUGCUGAUAGUAUUGUGGUUUUCCCUUGGAAAACAUACUCUGAAAACAUUCCAAAACAUCCAAUGGAUAUCAAACGGAUUUGCAGGCACCUAUCGGAUAGCUCAAGUACUGUUGUAUUAUAUCCGCGUAUGCUUUAACAAGUAAAGAUUCAA